UCGAGUUUUCCUUCUCCGCCUUUCUCUUCUCGUCGGAUUAUGGAAACGCAGACGAGAAAAACCGACGCCGAUGCCGAAAAAAAUAAAUGGCCGACGCCGUCCUCUGAUCUCUCUAGUCUCUGGAGAUCGUCGAUGGUUUCUACCGUUGGCAGGAAAACAAAAUUGGCAGGCAAGUGAUGCUAGAGAAAAUACAGCUCAGACAACAGGGAUUGCUUAGACGCCUCAAGUUUCUUCCUCGGUCUGCCUCCUUCUCGUGCUUUUCCUUCGCUGUCUUCAAAAUGGCAUAUGAUAGUAGUGGAUUGCUCCAUGACCGACUAUGAUUCCAAAAUAUGGGAUUUACUGAAGUCGACGACAACAACUCCCCACCAGUUCGUCUCCAUGAUCGUCCACUGGCCCAUGCUGCCGUGAGGCUGAAGCUACUGUCAAGGUUGAAGAGAAGGAGGAGGGCGGCUGCAGUGAAGGUUGAAGAAAGGCAGAGGGAGGAUGCGGUGGAAGUGAUGGCCGCUGGCCUCUCACUCCAAAGGGUGGAAAGAAGUUGCUGGAAUAAUAAUUCUGAAAACUUCUUCAACGGCUAAAUUUUUGGACCGGAUUUUUUUUUUUUGUUUAAUUUGAAUUCUUUUCGAUACACUACACUAUAUUUCCAAUUCACCAAACUUGCCCAAACUGAAAAAAGAAAAUCGGCAGCGGGAACUGGUGAAGCGCAUUUAGCUUUAAAAUGCGAGGGGUCGAUGGAAAGUCUCUCUCUCCAUAUAACCGGAUUUUCCCGCCCUUUCCGCGUGCGGAUUAAAAGGAAAGUCGGCAAAGAGAAAGAAACGGAGAGGGAGCGAGGGUUUUUCUUGCGUUGCUAAUGGCGGGUAGAAUUGCGAUCUUGAUCACUCCCUAUUUCCCCUCUCUUUCCUUAACCCGCACUAUCUCUAUCCUUUACGCUCAGUACCUUACCAUUUCUGGGCCUCAGUUUAUCUCUCCGUCUGUUGCUUUCUGUAGAUACCUUUUCCCCCCGCUUCCUGGUUCCGUAUUGAAUCUACUCUCUCGAGUUGUCGUUGUGUCAUUCUGCGAAACUGGUUGCACCAGCAAGAAAGAAGAUGGGCGCGCAAGGAAAGGCUCCUCCAAUGGCGGAAUCUAUGCAGCGUGUCAAGGUUAAGCGGCUUAAUGAAGAAGGAAAGUGGGACGAUCGUGGCACUGGACACAUUAGUGUUGAUUAUCUGGAGGUGGCAGCAUUGGUGCUUCUCGUUUCGAUAUGCAGCAUGGUGCUUUACGUUUUAUUGCUACAUGAUGGAAGUGCCGAGAGUGUGGCCAUGGAUGCUAUUCAUAAGGAGGCCCUCUCUCAAUUGAAAGAUGGAUCAAGAUCAAUUCUUCCUAUAAAUGUUUCUGCAGUCCGCUUAGCUAGAUUGUUGAGUUCUUCUAGCAGAAGCCAUUUAGAGAAACAGGUUGCACACGAUCUCUUCAUUUUGCAUUCCACUCUUCCCCAUCUAUCAAAAGUUUCAUACUUUGGGGAGGAUGGGUUAUUCUUUGCCUACCACAGUGAAGAAAACAGGACUGUUGCUUUGUUUUCCAAUACUAUGAUUCCACCUUUCAAUACGACUCUCAAUCGAACGACAAAUGGGUAUCGUUGGUAUCACCAAGAAGUUGAUGAAAUCACAGGGACUCCACAUGGGCAAGCAGUUGAUAGAGAGCCGAUGGCAUAUUGGACUUCAACUUGGUUCCGCAGUGCUUUGCUCAGUGACCAUGAUCGUGCUCAGUGGGGAAUUGAAUGGAGCAAUCAGCAGCCCCUGUUCACCUGCAUAGUUCCAGUUACAGGAUUGAGUUUCAGAGGUCACAGAGGAGUUGUGGCACUCGGAGUGCCUGUGAAGGUGUUGUCAGACUUUCUAUCACUCCCAUGGCAGCUUCAUGGUGGUGGCAUAUUCUUGGGUACCAAAGAUAGAAAACUAAUAGAAGGUUAUCAAUUUUAUAAUGGCAUGCUGGAUCGGUGGGAGCCAACAGCGCUGACUGCAAAUUUUCAAACCUUAGAUGCCAAUGAUCAGCUUCAGAUCUUUUUGCAUACGCAAAAUGGAGAUUCUAACAUGAAGAAUGGGCCGGUCUCUAUUGUAGAUAUGAAUGUUCAAGGUCGAAGAUACACACUUCAUACGGCUCACUUUAAGCUUUUUGAAUUGCCACUGGUGUCUACUCUUGCUUUUCCUCGUGAUAACGUUACAUAUCUUGGCACAAAAGGGAGCAACUUGAAUUGGUUUGCAUCAGCCGUUAUCUCCGUCGUCCUCGUUCUUAUGACAUGCCUUUAUGUAGUCGUAACAUAUAGGGCGUUUAGAAUCACAGUUUUGCUUCGUUCAUCUCUUAUCAAACAAAUUGAGGCAACAAGACAAGCAGAGAGGAAGAGCAUGAAUAAAACUAUUGCCUUCGCGAGCACCAGCCAUGAUGUGCGAACGAUUCUUGCAGCCAUACUUGGCCUAUUAGAUCAUUGCAUUUCCAACGUUUCUCAUAACUCUGAGUUGCGUUCAUGCUUGGUGGACAUCAAGUCAUUUUCAUUAAACUUACUUGGGAUCCUGAACUCUGUUCUUGACAUAAGCAAAAUUGAGGCUGGGAAGAUGCAAUUAGAAGAGGUCGAGUAUGAUUUAGCACAGGUUCUUGAAGAUGCUGUGGACAUGUUUUAUGUUUCAGCAAUUGAGAAGUGUGUGGAAGUAGUAUUGGAUCCUUGUGACGGCACAAUUCAGAAAUAUUCGCGCGUUAAAGGUGAUUGUAAAAGAUUUCAACAAAUUUUAUGCAAUCUACUAAGCAAUGCAGUGAAGUUCACUUCAGAGGGACACAUAAUGGUGCGAGCUUGGGCAAAGAAAGCAAGAUCUAGGAACUUCAUGCUUCCACUUAAUGAAAAUGGACAUGAUCAUCAUUUUCGGCACUACUUGUCACCAUGGUACUGCUGUAACAACACCAGUAACAUGGACUUCAAAUCUCUGCAGGGAUCUACUAAUGAGGAGAACAUGAUUGAAGUUGUUAUUGAAGUGGAUGAUACUGGUAAAGGGAUUCCAAAAGACAAACAUAAAUCAGUUUUUGAAAACUUUGUUCAAGUUAAGGAUGUAGAUUCUGGAAACUAUGGUGGCAUAGGAUUGGGACUUGGCAUCGUCCAAUCCAUUGUACGUUUGAUGGGUGGAGAAAUAAACAUUGUUGAUAAAGCGCCAAGUACAAAAGGAACUUGCUUCAGGUUCAGCAUAAUCAUGAAGGCCGCAGAGAGCUCAGUCGAUUUAAAGGAUAGUAAAGAAGAUGAUCGUGAAUUGCUUGGUGUUCAUGUAGAUCAGUCACUACAUCAACCAGAAACAUCUUCCAACACAGACUUAGCGGCAUUUGCUGAAGAUUUUGAUGUAGAAGGCACUUGUGCAAUCUUACUACUCAAAGGUGAAGCUAGAAAAAGAAUUCUGAAAAAAUGGAUGGAGGAGCACAAGUUAAAAGUGUAUGCGCUCGACCAUUUGGAGAAAUUGCGUUCCCUUCUCGAGACACUCAAGCCUAAUGCUUGCUCAGUCACAAGCACAUGUUCUGAGAUCGUUUCCGACGACGGUGGUCACACUGAAACCGGUGAAACCAGUUCUAUGGGGAAGGACCAAGAGCUUGAUUCCGUCCCAUCACAUGCCAUUAAUGAUGAUCGUGUAUUCUCUUCAAGCAUGAGCAAGAGAAGCGGCCAUAUGGAGAGAUUGCAUUCCAUUCUCGAGACACUCAAGCCCAAGGCUUGCUCAGUCGCAACCACAUGUUCUGAGAUCGUUUCCGACGAUGAUGGCCUCACUGAAACCGGCGGUACUAGUUCUAUGAGGAAAGACCAAGAGCUUGAUUCUGCCACAUCACGUGCCAUUAAUGAAGAACCUGCAUCCUCUUCAAGCAUGAGCAUGAACAGGAGAAGCGGGCGCCAGAGAAUCGUUAGCUUUAGGGCCGGCAAAUAUUCUACGAACCUGUUAUUCAUCGUUGAAAUGGAUCAUCGUUCAGAUCUGCAGCUGCAAGAACUGUCUAAGAUGUUCAGCAACUUUAUUCAUAAUGCUCAAGAGUUCAGGUGUAAAGUCGUGUGGUUAGCUGGUGUGAGUACACAGUCCAUGGACGUGGAGGCUCUGAAGAAGAGCGGAGCCCCAUGUGAUCUCAUAUUUCAUAAACCUUUACAUGGGUCUCGGCUGUAUCAAACACUAGGUCUUGUAUGCGAGUUUGGUAGAAGAAGUAAAGGCCGCCAAGCAACAGUAAUGAACAGUUUUCUGGAUCCACAGCCUACUAAUAUUGGUUCAUGUGCCACAGAUGUAAGAAGCCAUGUUGCAUGCAGCUCCUGUACUGCUAACACAUGCCAAUGGCUUCCUGAUAGAAGUACUGCAUCUAAAAUAUCGAGUCUCCAUGGUGACAAGCCUCUGAAGGGCUUCAAAGUCUUGGUUGUUGAUGACAAUGUCGUGUUGCUUCGCUUGAUGAUGGCUACCCUUGCUCGAUUGGGUGCAUCUGUGGACUCCUGUAAGAAUGGUGAAGAUGCUUUUGUUUUAGUUCGCAAGUCUUUGCAGGGUUGGGACGGUCAUCAUGGAGAAGAGAAGCACUCUCGAGAAGGUCAAGAGGAGGUUGGUGCUGAGAAGAUGCUAUAUGAUCUCAUUUUCAUGGACUGUGAGAUGCCAACCAUGAACGGGUAUGAAGCCACACGGAAGAUCCGCAAAGAGGAAAAGCACUACAGCGACGUUCACGUUCCAAUUAUUGCCUUAACAGCCCAUGCAAUGGCAGAAGAAACAAGCAGGUCUCUUCAAUCGGGGAUGGAUUUUCAUCUGGUGAAACCUGUUGCUGAGAAUGAACUUCUUGAUGCCAUUCAAAAGGUUCUCCGCGUUUGAAAUCUUGCCAAAGGAAAAAAGCAACCACUCUGGUCGUAUGAUCAUUUGUGUAAAUCAAGCCAUUCAAAUCUCCAGGUGUAUUAGUCUAGGUAUAAUAGUUUUGUUAUUCUCUCAUCAACUUCAUAUUCAACAUCUAGGUUUGAUUUUUCUGUAUUUCAUUGAUUGACCACAUUUAUUUUUGAUAAAUACAGUACUCACUACUUGUCCUGAAAGCCCUUGAAAAAAGGUAAACUGAA